CAAAGACAAACCAGCAAAGCAGCGAACAACGAAAGCAAGGCGAAGUCAGUCACACAUUCGGAUCACGAUUCGAAUUAUUUUUUGCGCAAUAUACAAGAAAAAGCUUUCAGUUAAUUUUCUUCUUAGCUAUAUUUAUUCAAUCAUUCUUUUAAAAUCAUCUGCCUGGUGAGGUAGUACUAAGAAUAUUGGUGCAACUCACAUAACUUUUUGCAAAUAAUUAUAUGCAAAAAGCAGAAAUUGCGAUACAUUUCUUUGUAUUCACGUGUGAGUUCGGUUAUAUGUGCGUGUGAAAAACGAAGGAACAUAAAGCAAUUGACGCAAAGGAAGAUAAGCAAAUUUGCAAGCGUGUAAUUUUUUUAGCGAAAAGAGCGAAAAACUAUUGGAAUAAGUGUCUUUGGGGAACGGAAAGCAAUUUAUAGAAUCCAAAAUGCAGCAAAUGACCCAGAUUAUUACAAAUUUACUUACUUCGGAUAACGAUGUGAUCAAAAAGGCUACCGCUGAUUUACAGGAAGCUUACAAGCAUCCGGAGACUGUACCAGCUCUUUGUGAAAUUGCCGUCUCUGCACCAGAGCCACAGGUGCGUCAAUAUUCUGCUGUACUACUUAAGAAGCACUUGGCAAAAUUGCGGCAAUGGAACAAAGUACCGGUUGAGCAACAGCAAAUUAUUAAGCAAGGCAUGCUUAAUGCCCUGAUGCAAGAGCAGCAAAAGUCUGUGCGUAAAGCCAUUGCUCAAUUUGUUGGUGUUUUGGUGCGUCACGAAGCCAAAAAGUCCGACUCAUGGAUGAGCGAAGUGUUAAAGUUCAUCUACAGCUACUGCUCUUCGGCCGAUCCUAAGCAGAGCGAGCUAGGCUCGUCUACAUUUGCUAUUUUGGCUGACGCGGCACCGGAUCAAUUUUUGCAACAUAUGGAAUCGGUUUGUGAAAUGUUCACUGCUGCUUUGGUGGCCACCGAAGCAACUGGCAACAUGGCUACGCCUGUUAUUUUCAACAUUCUAACUGGUAUGACUUAUUUGGUGCCGUUCACAUUGGGUCACAACACAGCUGAACAAACGUUGCAGAAAUCCAUACCGUUGAUCGUUAAAUCCCUCCAAGCAUUCGCUGUGCAGCCUGAAGUCGAUCAAUUUGUUCAUGCUUUUGAUAUUCUCGAGAGUAUGGCCGAUUUGAAUGCUAAAUUGCUGAACAAUCACAUCAAAAUGUUGUUGGAGUUCUGCUUGGAGGCAGCUAGUAAUGCCCAACUUGAUAGCGCUGUGCGCAUUAAAGCCGUGGCUUACGUUGGCUGGUUGGUGCGCCUUAAGAAGAAAUUGAUUAUCAAACAAAAGUUGAUAGAGCCCAUAAUUCGAGUAGUUUUCAAUUUAAUGGCAACUGAACCAGAAGACGAAGAUGAUGAUGAGGAAUACUUUUUGGGUGAAGACAACUCGAACCCGAUGACCACGGCUACCCAAACAAUGGAUCUGCUUGCACUGAGCGUGCCACCAGAGAAAUUGAUUCCACCAUUGUUGCAACUUUUGGAGCCCGCCUUGCAGGGUCAGGACCCACUGCCACGUCGCGCUGCUUACUUAAGCAUGGCUGUUAUAGCCGAAGGAUGCUCGGAGGCUAUUUGCAACAAAUAUCUCGAAACCAUGUUAAAUAUUGUAAAAGUUGGCAUCACCGACCCAAUACCACUUGUACGCAAUGCCGCCUUCUUUGCGCUGGGACAAUUCUCGGAACAUUUGCAACCAGACAUCACAAAAUUCGCGCCUCAAAUUCUACCAAUACUCUUUGAAUUUUUGCACCAGCUCUGCAACGAAUUGCGAAGCGGCGGUACUGAACCCAAACACAUUGAUCGUAUGUUCUAUGCACUAGAAACGUUUUGCGAGAAUUUGGAAGACGAAUUGGUGCCACAUUUGCCGGUGCUUAUGGAAAUUUUAUUCGAAGCUCUGAAUCCUAACAACUCGGUUCGUGUGCGCGAAUUGGCUUUAAGUGCUAUUUCAGCUGCCGCAAAUGCCACAAAUGAGAAUAUGUUGCCCUAUUUCCCACGCUUGAUCACCAUACUGCAAUCAUAUUUGGCUCCAACAGAAAACGAGGACAUUAUCAGUCUGCGUCCACAAGCCAUCGACACUCUAGCUGCCUUGGCACGCACCAUCGGCAAGCAGAACUUCAUGCCAUUGGCCACUGAUACCAUGACGUUCGCUUUAAAUUUACUUGAAAAGGCUGAGGAUCCUGAUGUACGUCGUGCUCUUUACAAUUUAAUUGCCUCAUUGGCUGAGGUGGUAAAUGAGGAGAUGGCCUCCGUUUUCCCGAAGGUAAUUGAACGCAUGUUUGAAUCUAUACUAUCGACGGAGGAGGUCGUUCCGGAAUUCAAAGACGAUGACGGUGUACCAGCGCCAGCCGAGGAGGCUGAUGAGAACGAAGAUGAUAUCGAUAUUGAAAACUCUGAUGGGGAGGAUGAUGAUUUGGAUAAUAUUGCGGGAUACAGUGUGGAAAACUCAUAUUUAGAUGAAAAAGAGGAGGCCAUUUUGGCAUUGAAAGAAUUUGCCGAGCAUACCGGCGCCGCUUUCAUCCCUUACUUGGAGAAAUCUUAUCAAAAUGUUUACAAGAUGAUCGAUCAUCCACAGGAGGACAUACGUAAAGUAUCAAUUGACGCAUUGAGUUCGUUCAUUGUAGCUCUGUACAAACAGCAAGAUUUGCAAGGCGUUUCCAAUGCCAUUACAAUCUUGAUACCUAAGUUGGGUCAAAUUGUGCAUGAUGAUGAAGAAGUUUCUGUUGUGCUGUCUGCACUUGAAGGUUUGGGUGAUCUUUUGAAAGAGUUGAAACAAAUCUCUUUGCCAACGGUCGAACUUCGUGAUGUCGUCUUCUCUUGCAUAACCGACGUGCUACAAGGCAAGGUUGCUUGUCAAUUUGACGAGUCUACUGGCGAUGAUGAUGAAGAUGCUGAGGAGAGCGAAUACGACGAGGCCAUUGUAGAGGGUGCUGGCAAUAUGCUGCCAUUGUUGGGCGCAGCCAUGGGACCGGAUCAGUUUAGACCAUACUUUGAGCGCACUUAUCCAAUUGUUUUGCAAAAAUUGCAAAAGGCGAAGAAAAAUGAGGACCUUGAAUCACAACGCGCUUUCGCCUAUGGCGCUUUAGCUGAAUGCUUUGCACCACUCGGAAAUCACACCGGCGCAUUUUUCAACACAUUCUGUCCCGUAAUGAUCGCUGGUCUCUCUGACGAAUUCGAUCAAGCUCGCCAAAACGCCGUAUACGGUCUGGGUGAAUUAGUGCUAUACUCUGGAGAUAAAUCAUAUGAAGCUUAUCCACACAUUCUAAAUGCCCUCUCCCAGGCUGUUUCCAAGGAAACCAAACCCAGUGCUUUGGACAAUAUUUGUGGUGCUAUUGCACGCCUGAUCAUUAGCAACAGUUCUUUGGUGCCGCUGCCACAGGUGUUGCCAGUAUUCAUGCAGCAUUUGCCUUUACGCGAAGAUUUCGAUGAAAACGCUUCAAUCUUCAAGUGCUUGAAGCAGCUAUAUCUGCAAGCACGAGAUGCGAUCGCAGCUUCAUUGGAGCAGGUUAUAGCCAUUGCCAUACACGUGCUAUACAAAAAGGAAUACACAGAGAGGGAGACAUAUGACACCGCGUUGGGUCUACUGCAAGAAAUUCGUGAAAAUUAUCCGGACAAAUUCACUGCUGUGGCCAAUUCGAACCCAGAAAUUGUUGCUUUCUUGCAAACGCUGUAAAUGGCAAGAUUGGAAGAAACAUGCCAAUAUGAAUAGCAAGUGGACACAAAUUUCAUGUAUUUCAGCUAAUUUUGUAAUUAUUUGAAUUUAUAUUGUACGGUAAAUGAGUAUUUACUCCAUUGCAAUUAACAGAGUAAGAGUAGUUCUCAAAAACGCAUACGGACACCCCUCGCAAAUCAAACGAAAAUAAUGCUAAAUUUGAAAUCUCUCAUUCAUUACUAAUUUGUUCAUGCUAUUUUCCUUAUUGGGGUGUUUCAAAGGAUAAAAAAAGACUAAGACUGUGCGCAUUUUCAAAACAAUGAAAUAAUGCUACUUGCUGCUCAAUCGCAGCUAAAGCUAAUUUUUAAUCAGGGACUGAACUGAAAAACGAAUAUUUACCAUUAAAUUUAAAAUUGUUGUUUAAAAGUAAUAUUAACUUUAAUUAACUUUUAAUUUUUUUUUUUUGCACAGAAAUAUUUCUGUGAAUUAGCCGAUUCAAUAAAAAUCAAUUAAACAUUUCUUUUUGAAAAAUAUAAAUAACGAAAAAGAAUUGUAAAACAUAUUUGCGUAUCAGUCCCUGUUCAAACUUAAGUAUUUUUGUAAUUAAAUAUUAAUUUUUUUUGCACGUUUCGAAAAAUUAACAUAAUUUAAAUAUGAUUAAUUCCAUAUAUUUUCUAAUUACUUGAAGCAAGCGAAUUCAACUUAGAAAUAUUUUUUGAUGAAAUUCUUAGUAUCCUACUGUCAAAGGCGGUAAUUUAUUAUAUAUAGUUUAAUGAAUAUUGAAAAAAAAAACAUGUAAUAACAAUGAAAUAUUGUAAAAUUCAGUCAAUACAUAUACUUUUAUACUCGAUCGUUAAACGUCCGAAUAAGGCAACUAAGACACAAAAAAUAAUACAUAAAUUACACUUUUAUUUUGUUGAAAGAUACUCCGAACUGGUCCUUAUAGAAAAAAAAAAAAACAGAAAAACUGAAAUGCCUUAGAUUUAAAUGUAGAUUUGUAUAUUUAAGAUAUACACAUGGAGAAGCUUCCCACAUACAACUUUCAUCUCCAAACUUCCUCAAAUAAAAUAAAAAACAAUUUCAUUAAAAAUUGUAUUUUCGCGGCGUACAAUUUCUAACGCGCCAAAAUGUUCCAAAACAAAAUCGCGUUUAUAUGUGUGCAUACGCUUCAUUUUCUCCACCUCAACGAAGGUGGUCUUUUAAUCUCCAAGUGAAUAUAAAAAGGCUGUGAUAUAAACUCUGUGUCAAGUUGUUACAAAACAAAAGAAGCAUACGAAAACGUUCCCCGCUCCUAAAAGGAACCUGAGGAAACAUUACAACAAAUGAAAUAUUUUUUGUUUUUUAAUAGCUGGCAUAUACUUCACCUUACAUGUUUAUCAUUCAAUUUUAAAUCCACAAAGGUCAAUCACAACUGCAGUGUUAGGCUUCUAGAUCUCCCAAUGUGUUCCCAUAUUUAUUUAUGUUUAAUUUUAGUUGGUUUGACCAACAACACUUACCCCCACCUCCCACAUUACCCACACAGUGGGCAUUGCAGCUCUGCUACACAGUCAAUUGAAUAUUGGUUUUAGUGUUUGUCUAAAACUUUGCUGUGUUUUAGCGUUAAUCCUCUAUAAGUUUGUUUGAAAGUUAGGCAUUGCCAGCGCGCAAAACUUUAAUUUUAUUUUAAUAUUCAUUAUUACUUUUAGUAUGUAUUACACAGCAAUUGAAUAAAUAAUUAUCAUAACAAACAACUAUUAUUAUAAAUUGCGUACUCAAUCCAUUUUUAAUAAAACGAAAAUGCAAUUCGUUUGUUUUUUUUUUUCACUACAAUAAAAUGACUUGUAACUUCUAUA